AUGGCGGACAACCCGAACAGCAUGCCCAAGUUCUUCCAGUUCCGCCCGCCGCAUGUCCUGGCGGCACCAGUGAACCCGGCAGAUAUCAACACAAUUCAAGGUGUCUAUCCUCGGAAGCCUGCCCAGUUGCCGGCAGUGGGCGGCAAUGAAGGCGUGGCAGUGGUUCGCCAAGUCGGCGCAAAGGCGACCAACCGCUUUGUGCCCGGUCAGUGGGUCAUUCCGGCUGCACCCAUGCUCGGCUGGUGGCGGACGGAAAUGACGGUCCCUGCCGAUGCACUCAUUGCUCUGGAUCCGUUGGUGCCCGAUGGUUGUCCAGCAGCAGAAGCCCUUGAUCUGGCACAGGCAGCGACGCUGACGGUCAACCCGACGUCGGCCAUGCGCAUGCUCGCAGACUAUGUGGAUCUCGACCAGGCCGGCAUGUUUGUGCAGAAUGGGGCUAACUCGGGAGUGGGCCGGGCAGCCAUCCAGAUUGCCAAGGCUCGCGGCAUUGCCUCGAUCAACGUGGUGCGUAAGCGGGCAAGUCCCGAGGCGGACGCGGCGCUGGCGGACGAGCUGUACGCGCUUGGCGCGUCGCUGGUGGUGACCGAUGAGGAGGCUGCGGACGCGCGGGGCAUGGCGUCCAAGCUUCGGAAGGUGGCCGGCAACGAGGCGGAGGCCAAGCCCCAGCUCGGGCUCAACUGCGUCGGCGGGCGGUCAUCAGUGAGCCUGGCCAAGAUGCUCGCACAUCGCGGGGUGCUCGUCACCUACGGCGGCAUGUCCAAGCGACCGGUAACGCUCCCGACAGGCCUUCUCAUCUUUAACGACAUCGAGGCGCGUGGUUUCUGGAUGACUCGCUGGAUCGAGAGCGCGAGCUCCGAGGCCAAGCACGCCAUGUACGCCCAGCUUGUGGCGUGGAUGGCGAGUCGCGAGCUCACGGUCGAGGCGCAGGCGUAUCCGUUUGACACCGAUGGCCUCGCAGCUGCGCUGGCUGCGCUCGACGGACCGUACACUCCGGCCAAACCGCUGUUUGUCAUGCCCGCGGCACUGUGA